CCACCUUUUCAGCUUCCCCACUCCCAGGAGAGUUUUAACUCUUUUUUCAUAGAAUGGCUGCAUGCAACCCCAAACCACACGUCCCCUCCCCCACCUUUCUUGGGCUCUGUCGUUAGGAAGCAAUCUUCCGUGAGGAGGGAGUAAUUUGAGCCAAACGAAAAAGAAGAAGAAGAGAAAAAAAAUUGUGUUCUCUUCGAAGGCAGAAGACCUCCCUUUUUUACUUUACCCCUCCAGGAAGCGCCAAAAAAAAAAAAUCCAUGGAAGGGUAAUGGCAGCUCGUCCCGCCUGUUGCUGAGGAAAGAGUUCUGUGACGGGAGAAAGGCAACGAUUACCUAGUCUCGUCACUGUAAGUUGGAAGGCCAUGUCUACCUUCAUCGGCGUUCUUGUCUCCGAUCCAGGGCUGCAGAGCCAGUUCACCCAGGUGCAGCUCAGGACCCUUCAAACAAAGUUUGCAUCCGCAAAGCGACCAAACGCAGAACAUGUGACCAUAAAGGAUUUGCCCCCGAUGAUGGAAAAGCUGAGGGGCAUCCACGAAGUCCUGUCCGAAGAAGAGAUCAGCGGGUUUUUGAGCGAGACCUAUCCUGACAUGAACCAGCCUAUAGAAUUCGAGCCGUUCCUCAAGGAGUACUUAAAUAUACAAGCCAAAGGGAGCAGCAAAUCGGGAGGCAAGAAGAAGCUGAAGGGGUCCGUGUCGUUUCUGAAGGCUUCCACCACCACUCUCCUUCACGUCAUCAACGAGUCCGAGAAGACUUCCUACGUGAACCACAUAAACAAUUUCCUGAAGGAGGAUCCUUUCCUGAAGAAUUUCUUGCCGCUGGAUCCGGCAUCCAACGAGCUGUUCAACCUUGUUCGGGACGGCGUGCUACUUUGCAAGUUGAUCAACGUUGCUGUUCCGGGCACGAUAGAUGAGAGAGCGAUUAACACAAAGAAGCAUCUUAAUCCAUGGGAGAGGAACGAGAACCAUACCCUUUGUCUCAACUCUGCCAAGGCCAUUGGUUGCACUGUUGUUAACAUUGGAACACAAGAUCUGAUUGAAGCCAGGCCUCAUCUGGUUCUUGGACUGUUAUGCCAGAUCAUAAAGAUACAACUACUGGCUGAUCUGAAUCUAAAGAAGACGCCUCAGUUGGCAGAGUUGGUGGCUGAUGAUAAUGGCAAGGAAGUAGAGGAGCUGGUCACCUUAGCACCGGAUAAGAUGUUGCUUAAAUGGAUGAACUUCCAUCUCAAGAAAGCAGGGUAUAAAAAAACUGUGACAAAUUUCUCUACUGAUGUGAAGGAUGGUGAAGCGUAUGCUUACCUUCUCAGCACCCUUGCUCCAGAGCUUAGCUCAAAAACCAUGAUAGAAACUUCAGAUCCAAAGGAGAGGGCACAGAAAGUACUUGAAACCGCAGAAAAGCUCGAUUGUACAAGAUAUGUAACGUCUAAAGAUAUUGUUGAAGGUUCCGCCAAUCUUAACUUGGCAUUCGUUGCUCAAAUAUUCCAGAACAGAAAUGGUUUAUCAACCAACACUGUGGCUCCCGUUAUUGAAGAUACUCCUGAUGACGUGGAGGCAUCCAGGGAAGAGAGAGCAUUUCGCCUAUGGAUCAACAGCCUUGGAAUUCCAACUUAUGUCAACAAUUUGUUUGAGGAUGUUAGGACUGGAUGGGUUUUGCUAGAGGUUCUUGACAAAAUUUCUCCAGGGUCAGUUAACUGGAAGCAUGCAUCCAAACCACCAAUCAUUAUGCCGUUUAGAAAGGUUGAAAACUGCAACCAGGUUAUCAAAAUCGGCAAGGAGCUAAACUUUUCUCUGGUAAAUGUAGCAGGAAAUGAUAUUGUGCAAGGAAACAAGAAACUGAUUCUAGCUUUCCUGUGGCAACUCAUGAGGACUAGUAUCCUACAAUUGCUGAGGAACUUGAGAUCCCACUCUAAAGAGAAAGAGAUGACAGAUGCUGACAUUCUCAUUUGGGCUAAUAGCAAGGUCAAGGAAUCAGGCAAAAAUUCACAUAUUGAAAGCUUCAAGGACAAAACGAUAGCAGAUGGGGUGUUCUUCCUUGAGCUCCUAAGUGCUGUGCAGAGCAGGGUUGUUGACUGGAACAUGGUGAAGAAGGGGGAGGAUGAGGAGGAGAAGAAGCUGAAUGCAACAUACAUAAUCAGUGUUGCUAGGAAGCUAGGUUGCACUGUCUUCUUGCUACCUGAAGACAUAAUGGAGGUGAACCCAAAGAUGAUCCUCACCCUGACAGCAAGCAUCAUGUACUGGAGCCUGCAGAAUCAAGGGCCAUACAAGAGUUCAGGACCACAGGAUGCUCUUCUAGAGGAAGAGGAAGGCGAGGAGGAGGAAGAAGAAGAAGAAGAGGAGGAAGAGGAGGAGGAGGAUUUCGAAGGAGGUGUCGAAGAUGGUGUCUCUGAAACGACCACUUGAUAAGAAUUGUCACGCUUGACUAGCCAUUGCCGGUAAAGUCACUGGUCUAUUAGGGGCAUAUAUAUUUCUAAAUGCUGAGGCCUGAGGCAGAGAAGAAAAUCUAAGGGGGUGCAAAGAAGAAAUUUUUGGGUGACAUAGUUAAUUUUAUUCUUUGAAUGCCAAAGACAAAAUAGCAGCAGUUAAAAUUUGCUUAGCUGGAAACAGUGCGCACAAUUGCGCCGCCAAAUCUAGUAAUCUUGUAAGCUAACACUGUAUGAAAACGUGAGAUAAUACCAACAUAUUUUGCUA